AUGUGGAAUGAUGCAGAACUGAAGUUAUUAUUUGAACAGAUCCAAUCCAAUUUACCGCCCCAUGAUAAAAAAAAUUAUUUAAAAAUGGUUAAAAAAAUUGAUUGGUCAAAAAUUAAAGUUUCAACGUACACACCGACUGAAUGUCAAGAGCAGUGGACUUCUGUCACUAAGAAGCUGAGGAAGUUCCGAACAACUUCAGAGAUGUUGGCAGAUGCAUACGAAUGGAUGAAGGAUCCCAGGAGGAGGUUUGCCAAUCACCCUGAAUUACCAAAAAAGCCUUUGUCGCCGUGUUUUCAGUACAUAAAUUGUCAAAGAAACAAGUUUUUGAAACAUAAUCCUGAUAAAACCAUCAUUGAAGCAUCCAAGUUUUUAGCCAAAAAAUUUGGAGAUUUACCCGAGCAUAAGAAGCAAAAGUACAUAGAUAAAUAUAAUGAAGAAAAUGCAAUAUGGAAAGAAGCCUGUGCCAAAUUUCAUUUUGAUCAUCCGGGAAGUAUGAUUCAACAUCCACCGAAGAUGAUGACACCCAUGAUGCUCUACAUUAAAAAAAUGUGUGAAAAAAAUAAGGAUUGUCAAGAAAGUCGCAAAGUGUUGCACGACCAGUACAAAAACCGAUGGUUCAAGGAUUUAUCCGAUAAAAAAAAAAUGAAAUAUAUAAACAAAGCUCUUAAAUUGAAAGAGCGUUACGAUACUGAACUCAAGAUAUUCUGUGAAAAUAAUCCAACUUUUGUCAAAAAAAACAUCAAACAUGUUUUGACAAAAUCAGAACAAAAACUCAAAGAAAAAUUUGAUGGAAGGCCUCUACAACCACCAAUGUUAGUAAUGUCAAAUUCGGUUUAUUUUUCAUAUUUAAUAUGA